AUGAGUUUUUACGACGGCAAGACCUUCCGGUCUGUGACCAACACGGCGAAUGGUGAGGUUGGCGCUGAGACGCUCUUCCACUACCACCAACAAGCGGACAUCGUCUGGGCCGAGUACUCGGGCGGUUCUAUUGUUAGAGGCUCGUUAAUAGCAACCGUGGCGUCCGACAACAGCCUCGACAUGCGUUACCAACACGUCAACACCAAGGGAGAGCUUAUGACGGGCCGCUGCCAGUCCCGGCCGGAGGAGCUUGCUGAUGGCAGGCUGCGGAUGCAUGAGAAGUGGGAAUGGACAAGCGGCGACAAGUCGACUGGCGAGUCGCUGAUCGAGGAGAUCGCUGAAUGA